AAAGCCCUACUAGUUCUGAGUUCUGAAGAAGAUCCCGCGCCCCACACACGCAAUCCAUGGUUUUGAAACCCUUGCUUCCCAAUUUCUCCCUCCACAUCUUCCCGCCUAUACUUCCCUUCUUAAGAAACCCCCAAACCCCACUAUCUUACCAUCCCCUCUCUCUCUCUCUCUAACCCUAAGCCGUCUUCUUCUUCUUCUUUGUCUCUUUUUCUCUCUUUUUUUUCUGUAAAAUUCAAUAUCAUAGUCUUCGUCGUCAUGAAUCGUAGAACUCGUUCUCUUCACCGAUCGUCCCCGAACCGGGCUGAGCCUUUUCUCAAGUACCUCAAGCCUGGUGCUCUCGCUCAAAUAAGAGACUCGCGAAUCAGUGCUAGAUCGCACCGCUUUCUCUCAAUUGCUCAGAUCCGUUCAUCUCCUCCUUCGUCGCCAUCGUCAACGCCUGGUCAAUCGACGGUCAUCGCCAUGGAUGGAUUUCCUUGCUUUUCCGGAAGGAUGUUCGGACCUAGAUGUCCUCAGAGGAAGAAGCUUGUUGCUUCUAAGUCGGUUUUGUUUCCGAGUCAGAAUCCUUCUAGCCCCGUUCUUGAUGCUGCUGAUCCGAUAAUCGACGUUUUCAGUAGUAGUGAUAUUGCUGCACAUUGAAUGAACCUGUUGAUGAAACUGUGAAGUUCUUAGUAUUUUUUUUUUCUUUCUCUCUCUUCGAUCCUUGUAGAUUAAUUUCUAUCUGUACUUGAUGUUACUUCUCCAUCGCUAAAUUUGGAAAAUUUUCUUUGAUAGAACUAAAAUCAAUAAUAAAAUCAGAGAUUUACCUCAUACA